GGCCUGGGUUUCAGCCCCCCCGCACGCUCUCGUAACGACUGGAUUGGCCCCCCCGACAAGCACUCCAACCUACGGCCCGUCAUCUUCUACGUGCCCCCCGAGGAGUCGCCCCUGGAGCGGCGGCUGCGGGAGGCACGGCAGGAGGCCCAGGCCUGCGACCAGCGCUUCUGGGCACGGCACAACUGCGCCUUCCGCCAGGAAAAAGAAGAAUUUAUUUAUUCAAGACUGAAAGCCAAGGGUCUGGAAAUGAGAAAUGAAACAGGACAAAAAGCAACACUGAAUGCUGAAGAAAUGGCUGACUUUUACAAGGAUUUUCUAAGUAAAAAUUUUAGAAAGCAUAUGCAGUAUAACAGAGAUUGGUAUAAACGUAACUUUACUAUCACAUUCCUCAUGGGACAAGUAGCACUGGUGAGAGCUCUGAGGUGGCUUCGUUGGAAAAAGAAAAGUGUUGGAAAUUAACCACAGCUCCGUGAAGAAUGCAACACUAGCUGGGCCUGCUGUAAACUUGGUGUUCAGAAUCUCAAUGACUAAUGUAAAAAUGGCUUGGAUCUGUUUGUUCAACUACGUAAAUAAAAGCUGCCAUUGGUCUUAAUUU